UUUGAUUUUGGUUGUACUUGUGAAAGAUGAUUUUGCCUUCUGUUUACACGUGUUUUCUUGUAGAGAAUAUGAGCAUGCCAAGUGGUGAGGAGUGGCGGAAGAAGAUGUUGACGUGUGCUAUUGAUGACAUGCAACAGAGACACAUCAGUAGAAAAAUGGACACUCUGGAAAACAACUCAAGAGUUUGAGUUUGUUUUGGACAUGGCUAUCCAACAUACAUACUUACUCUUGAAGGACUGAAUUUCUUUGGUAACAUUCUCCUAACUAGUAGUAAUGGUUAAAUCUAUUAAUCGUUUUUAUUUAAUGUUGAUAAUGGGUUUAAUUUAUUACUUGCAUGUGAGCCACGUGUCAAAGAGGCACUUAUACCUGUCACUACCUAGCACCAUUUUUACUUCAUCUCUUUACAUUUUUCUCAAGUUUAUUUUAUUCAUUCUUCAAAACAUCUUUACUCUUUACAACACACUUCUUUACAACACACUACUCACCAUGGCUUGCUUCAAUCUUAAUCUCCUACUUCUUGCAUCUCUAUGUGCUUUCCUUUUCCUUUCCAAUCCAGCUCAUUGCAGUGACAAAGUGGACAGUGUACUGAAGGGAAUCAACAGCUACAGACAGACGAAGAAUCUUGCACCACUGAACAAAAAUGACAAGGCAAGUUGUUUAGCUGAUGAAGUUGCCGAAGAAAUACAAAACACACCAUGUGAAAAAGUGACUCAAUACUACCCAACUUCUGGUCCUGGUGGAAACCUAAGAAUUCCCAAUUUGUUAAGACAUGCUGAUAAAUGUGAUAUUAACGUUAACACUACAACAGAUGGAGUCAUUCUACCUGUUUGUGUGCCUAAAUUGGAACCAACUGUUGUGCUAUCUAAGUACACUCAUACUGAUAUCUAUGCAAAGUUUCUCAACAAUUCAAAGUACACUGGAGUUGGACUUAAUUCUGAGGAUGAUUGGAUGGUUCUUGUUCUUACUACUAAUACAACUACUGGAACUUUCUCUGCAGCCACUUCUCUUCAUGGUAAUGUUGUUUGGAAGGCUUUGUUGUUUCUGAUGAUUCUCAUCAUCAACUUCAUACCUUGAGUGCUUAAUUUCUAGCUUUUUAAAGCUUCAUUAUGGAUAAUGUAUGAAGUUUAAUUACUCUUUGUUUUGGUUGUGUAAAUGUAGUAUGGACCUUUUUGGGAAUUAAUUUGUAAUGUGUUUUUAGUGCUUA